CGCGCGAACGUGGGCGGCUUAGAGCGCUAGCCCACGGGCAAGUGCAGAAAGCGGCGUGGGCGGAGGUUGGGGACCGCCCUGGCGGUCGGGGGCGUGGCGAGGGCAAAGGGGCGCGGCAAGGGCGGUUUGGGGGCGACUCAGCAGCCCGAGGGCGUGGCUGGUAGUGGUGCUCAGCUAAGGUGGGGGCGGAGUUCCUCCAAGCUUUUAAAGCAGGCGCGCCCGUGCCCUCCGGGCUCUGGUGAGUGGCCCUGCACUGUGGAACUGUUCCGAAACUUCCAGGCCGGCACCCCACGACUCUCAGGCCUGCGCACGCGAGCAGCCGCGGAUCCAGAACAGAUCUCCCGGAAAACUGUGCUUGAGCCAUGUCACAGAAUGAACACUGUCAGGACUCCGGUGAAUACUUCUCAGCCGCCACUCUGGGAUACUUCAAGAAUGACACAGAUGAUAACCCUGACGUCCGGGAGGACAGCCUGGGGGAUGAGGUCUUUGACACCGUCAACUCCUCCAUUGUGUCUGGCGAGAGCAUCCGUUUUUUUGUCAAUGUCAACCUUGAAGUGCAGCCUUCCAAAUCUGACAUAGAAGCUGCAACUGGAGGCUGCGUGCUCUUACACACCUCCCGCAAGUAUCUGAAAUUAAAGAACUUCGAGGAAGAGGUCCGUGCACACCGUGACCUGGAUGGCUUCCUGGCCCAGGCCAGCAUCAUCCUGAAUGAGACAGCUACCUCACUGGAUGAUGUGCUCCGAACUAUGCUAAACCGCUUUGCCCAGGACCCCAACCAUGCAGAGCCUGAUUGUGACCUGGACCUGCUCAUGGCUAAGCUCUUUACAGAUGCUGGGGGCCCCAUGGAGAGUAAAGUCCACCUGCUGUCAGAUACCAUCCAGGGAGUGACCGCCACUGUCAGAGGACUGCAGUACGAGCAGUCAUGGCUCUGCAUCGUCUGUACCAUGAAGUCCCUACAGAAGCGGCAUGUGUGUAUCAGCCGCCUGGUUCGGCCACAGAACUGGGGGGAAAACUCCUGUGAGGUUCGCUUUGUCAUCCUGGUGCUGGCCCCACCCAAGAUGAAAAGCACCAAGACUGCGAUGGAGGUGGCACGCACAUUCGCCACCAUGUUCUCCGACAUCACCUUCCGCCAGAAGCUCCUGAAGACCCGCACAGAGGAAGAGUUCAAGGAGGCUUUGGUGCACCAGAGACAGCUGCUCACCAUGAUGAUGCCAAGAGCAGCCGGGCACAGCAUGAGCUCCCUCCAUACUCACAGACACCCUCGGCCCCCGAAAUGCAAGGACUUUUUCCCGUUUGGGAAAGGCAUCUGGGUGGACAUCAUGCGCAGGUUCCCUGUGUACCCGCUGGACUUCACGGACGGCAUCAUUGGGAAAGGCAAGACUGUCGGCAAAUAUGUCACCACCACGCUCUUCCUCUACUUCGCCUGCCUCUUACCGACCAUUGCUUUUGGAUCCCUCAACGAUGAGAACACAAACGGAGCCAUCGAUGUGCAGAAGACCAUAGCAGGACAGAGCAUCGGAGGCCUCUUGUAUGCACUGUUCUCUGGGCAGCCCCUGGUGAUCCUGUUGACAACCGCACCCCUGGCCAUCUACACCCAGGUGAUCCGGGUCAUCUGUGAUGACUACAACCUGGACUUCAACGCCUUCUAUGCGUGGACAGGCCUGUGGAACAGCUUCUUCCUUGCGCUUUAUGCCUUCCUCAACCUCAGCCUGCUUAUGAAUCUCUUUAAGAGGUCAACAGAGGAGAUCAUUGCUCUGUUCAUUUCCAUCACGUUUGUGCUGGACGCUGUCAAGGGCAUGGUCAAAAUCUUCUGGAAGUACUACUAUGGUCACCACUACCACACAAAAAGGACUUCCUCCUUGGCAAGCCUGUUGGGCAUUAGCAGAAGCCCCAACACCAGUCUCCACACUGCACUCAACACCAGCUUCUUGGCCAGCCCCAUAGAGAUGACUACAGCCAGCAGCCCCAUCAGUACACACUCCAACCAGGCUACUGCAGUGCUCAGCCUCCUCAUCAUGCUGGGCACACUCUGGCUGGGCUACACCCUCUACCAGUUCAAGAAAAGCCCCUACCUGCACCCAUGUGUGCGUGAGACCCUGUCUGACUGUGCCCUGCCUAUCGCCGUGCUCUCCUUCUCCCUCAUCAGCUCCUAUGGCUUCCAGGAAAUUGAGAUGAGCAAGUUCCGGUACAACCCCAGCGAGAGCCUUUUUGAGGUGGCACAGAUCCACUCUCUGUCCUUCAAGGCCAUCAGCAGUGCCAUGGGUCUUGGCUUCCUGCUCUCCUUGCUUUUCUUCAUUGAGCAGAACCUGGUGGCCGCCCUGGUCAAUGCACCAGAGAACAGGCUGGUGAAGGGCACUGCCUAUCACUGGGACCUCCUGCUGCUUGCCAUCAUCAAUACGGGGCUGUCUCUGUUUGGGCUACCCUGGAUCCACGCCGCCUAUCCCCAUUCCCCUCUGCAUGUGCGGGCACUGGCCUUAGUGGAGGAACGUGUGGAGAAUGGGCACAUUUAUGAAACGAUUGUGAAUGUUAAGGAGACUCGGCUGACUGCGCUGGGUGCCAGUGUCCUGGUGGGUCUGUCCCUGCUGCUGCUUCCAUUCCCGCUGCAGUGGAUCCCCAAGCCCGUGCUCUAUGGACUCUUCCUCUACAUUGCGCUGACCUCCCUGGACGGCAACCAGCUCUUCUCACGUGUAGCUCUGCUGCUCAAGGAGCAAGUGGGUGCCUGGACACAGGGAGGGGGUUGGGGGUGGGAAGACACCCGCCCGACUGCCUGGUUGCUGCUGCCCACAGACGUCAUACCCACCCACACACUACAUCCGGAGAGUGCCCCAAAGGAAGAUUCACUACUUCACGGGCCUGCAGAUUCUGCAGCUGCUUCUGCUCUGUGCGUUCGGCAUGAGCUCCCUGCCCUACAUGAAGAUGGUCUUUCCGCUCAUCAUGAUUGCCAUGAUCCCAAUCCGCUAUAAUCUGCUACCCCGAAUCAUUGAAGCCAAGUACUUGGAUGUCAUGGAUGCCGAGCACAGGCCCUGACCUGCACCAGCCUCCCCAUCCUUCAGGCCUGCUCCGUGGCAAUGUGUGGGGAGUAUGAUCUGCUGUGGCUCCAGCCCGUCCUCAUUGCUGUCUUGUGGCCUAAAGCCCCUUGGCGUUGUGGUUUUCAGAGGUGUGUGAUCACCUCUCGCCCCAUCAACAUUUAGUUUGGGGUCAGAAACACUGUCGGCGUGGGGCUGAGAAGAGUGGAUAUUCUUUUGAUAAAAGAGUUGAUGCCCAGGAGAGAGCCCAUUUCCUUGAUUGUAUAAGGAACUCGAUUGUGCACAUUAGUGAAUAAAAGUCUUGUUUCUAUGCUUUAA